AUGAAAGAAAAACAGAGUCCUGCUCCACAGACACCACCAUCAACAGCAGGCUCCAUGGACGCUCCUGAGACGAUUCCACCGCUGCUCAGUUGCAAUGAGCAUUCCGAGUUAAAUCAGGCUGCUUCACCAAAGACCGGAGAUCAAAGCACACGUACUCUGCCUGACUUUAGUCUAGGCUCUCCGUCGUUUGAAUCCUUGAUAUUCUCAGAGGAAGUCUCCCAAAUGGAAAGCUGGCUACCAGAUAUCGCAGCUGACUGCUUUCAAAAUGACAUGAACCCACACGAGAUAUUAUCGAAACCAGAAGCUCAAGAUACAAAUCGAGCAUCGGAUCCCAUGAAUAUGCGAUCGAGAGAAGAUCCACAAAAUUCAAGUUCCACAUCCUACAAACCAGUGCCCUCCGGGACAUUUACGUGCCCAUCGCCCCAAUCCAACGAAUCUUCCCCCUUCAGCUUCACCAUACCAAUCACAACCGGACCUUCCCUCAAUACUCAAUCAUAUAUCUCUCAAAAGACAUGCUCCUGUUUCUCAACACUAAGCCACCAUCUCUGCACCUUGCAAGCGACAUCGUCAACACCAGAAAACUCCCAAGCCCUCGACACCCUCCUGAUCCAAUCCCAGAAGAUACUCCCCUCGAUUCGCAACACUGUUUCUGGUGAACAUGAUCCUAUCCCGACUCCUAAAAUGGACGCACGCCUCGAUUUGUACAUGCGAGACGCGCUGCAUUUCAGCGGAGAUCCGGCUUGGGUCGUUGAGGUGUUUGGAGGGACGGUGAAUCGGGUUGGGUUCGGAGAGGAUGGGGCUUACUUGGGGCUGCAGGCUAGAAACUUCCAGAUGGAGGUGAGAGGCUUGAUGAAUAGGAUUCCGAAAUACGGUUGA